CUCAGCAUUCGUUCACAUUUGUUCACAUUUUUGUGCCAUUUGCUGUUGAUUGAACCAGAUUGAAACCCCUUUGCCUCUCGAAGCCGGUGAAGUACCAGAGGAUACAAUAACUCGCAUAAGACAGCAUGCCACCUGAAGCUGGACAAGAGAAAACAGAAAAAUUUCAUCUUACAUGUGACCUUGUAAGCAUUGGAUUCGAGCCAGUUGGAAGAUGGUUUGAAGCUUAUUUGAGACGACAGAAACGAGAAAAGUCAGCAUCUAUCAGUUCAAACCCGAGUGAUGAUAGUGAGCAGAUAAAUGAUGAUGAUGAUGUUGAUACUUUUGAGCUUACCGAAGACGAAAGGGCAUUCUUACUAAGUCUUGAUUCAAAAGAAUGGAAAAAGCAAGAUCAUUAUAGAGUCCUGCGAAUAAAAGACCGCUUUGCUGCAACUGAAGAGGCUAUAAAGAAAGCUUAUAGGAAAAUGGUUUUACAGCACCAUCCUGACAAAAAGAGUAGCAGAAAAAGCAACUUUGAGGUGCCUGGUCUCAAUGAACACGAGUACUUCACUUGUAUCACCAAAGCUUAUGAAAUAUUGAGUAAUGUCACUACAAGGAGAGCAUAUGAUAGUGUGGAUCCAACCUUUAAUGAGGAUAUCCCUACGUCUGUUAAAGGAGAUUUCUUUGAAACAUUUAAACCGGUUUUCAGUAGAAAUUCCAGAUGGUCAGUAAAGACACCAGCCCUAGAUCUUGGAGAUAUGGAUAGUUCUGAAGAUUACGUCAAUGAAUUUUAUGCGUUUUGGUACGAUUUCGAUUCAUGGAGAGAGUUUUCGUAUCUCGAUGAAGAAGAUAAAGGAAUGGCAGAAAGCCGUGAAGAAAGACGAUGGAUGGAAAAACAAAAUCGAAGAAAGCGACAGUCUCGAAAGAAAGAAGAACUUGCGAGAAUCAGGCUACUUGUUGAUACAGCAUAUGCAAACGACCCAAGAAUAAAGAAGUUUGCUGAAGAGAGGAAGCAAAGAAAGUUGCAAGAUAAAAAAGCAAAAGAAGAAGCCGCCAAAGAGAAAGAAAGGCUGAGACUUGAAGCCGAGGAAGCAGCAAGGAGGGCAAAGGAAAAAGCAGAACAGGAGGCAAAAGAAAAGGCACUUAGGGAAAAGAAAGAGAGAGAAAAAGUGAAGAAAGCUGUUGCCAAAGAGAAAAAGUUCCUGCGAAAUGCAUUCAAGGAAAAGGAUUAUUUUGUUGAAGGAAGUGUUGACUUGGUAACAGAGCUUAAUAAUCUAGAGAGGACACUGGAAAAUUUAUCGCUUGAAAAUUUACAAGAAAUGCACUCAUUGUACGAAAGUAAUAGCAUUGAUGAACUAAGAAAGACAUACACAAAGCAUGUAGAAUCGAUGAUAGAGCAGGCAAGAAUUGCAGAAGAAAGGAUUAAGGACGAAAAGGCGAAGCAGUUAGCUGCGCAGCAAAAGGAUUCUUCACAAUCCGCCAACAGACCUUGGUCAGAGACAGAAAUACAGCUGCUGGUUAAAGCGUCCGUUUUAUUUCCCCCUGGAACAGCAAGCAGGUGGCAAGUCAUUGCGAAUUACAUAAACGAACAUUCAGGCGAAGCUCAAAAUCGAACAUCUAAACAAGUCAUCAGUAAAGCCAAGUCUCUGCAGCAAAUGGAUCAAAGUGUCAAAGAUGAAGCAAACAAACGUGCAUUUGAAAAGCUGAAGAAGGAAACUUCAGCAAAAGUUGUCGUCCAGCCUGCGGGUGGUGUGUCACUCAGGGAUGAAAGUCAACCAACUCCUGAGGUUCCCUGGACCUCUGAAGAACAAAAGCUGCUAGAGCAAGCACUUAAAACGUUCCCCGCGAGUACUCCGGAGCGCUGGGACAGAAUUGCGGAGGCUGUUAGCACCAGAAGUAGAAAGGAAUGCAUGAAGAGAUACAAGGAAUUGGUUGAAAUGGUUAAAGCCAAAAAAUCUGCGCAAGCGCAAACGGUGCUGUCUGCUCAAAGGUGACGUCGCUCGAAUUAAGGUACUCUUUACGUUCAUCAAAACACCAUAAUUUGCUUCUUAAAGUAAUUUAUGAGAGUAGCCAUGUCUUGAUGUGCUACUGAUUUGAUCAAAUGGUAGAAAACCGCAAAUGGA